GACCGCAUGCCUCAUAUGCUUCCCAAUCCCACGGCAGGAGAGGACAGGACAGGACAGGAUGGAUGAAAUCGACAAGGCGUGGCAGGGCCGACAUGGCGCUCGCCGCGCCGUCCCUCGGGACGUGCCAUGGACGUGGAGCCUGGCGCCUCUAGGCCGUCCAAAGUUGAGAGAGGAGAUGGAAUACGAAUGAGGCUAGCGACUAUCGAACCGCGAGCAUGCCGCCGUAUUGGAGGGGACGGAAAGCUCGAGCUCGAGCUCAAGCUUGCUUGGACAAGGGGAACCCCAUGCUGUGCUGUGCCUGGCUUGGGCUGGGGCUGCUGCAAAUGGAGAGGGGGGGGAGACCGACGCCGCCGCCGCCGCCCGCUCCAAUCUGUCCAACCAUCCAGAUCCAGGCACCGCCUUUCUCGAAAUUGCAAAGUCCAGUUCGGCAGGCAGAGGGGUGCAGGGUUAGAUGUGUGCUAUGUAAGGUUACAUACUCUGUACGUAACUGGCAUUCUCGCGGCGUUUGUUUGCAGCGCCACAGCUUGCAGCUGCCUACUAGUUCCAGAGUCGAGUCAAUGCAGCAAGGGGGAACGCAACAACUCAGGCCGGCUAUCGAAAAACCGCCAGAGUCUAUCCGCAUCUAUUUUGGUGACGAGAGCACCAUCGUCACGGCAAAUUUUCUGCCGAAAGACAGACAAAAAGCUGUGCGGGCUCUGGUCGAGCUGUGAGCUGAGAGGCUGCUGCAUGUAGACGUAUCACGUAUGUACGGAACAGUGUAGGCGCAUGUCGUGUCACCGAGCUCUCGUCUGGCUGGCUCUGGCGCUCGGGUCCUAGUGCAAGCCCAACGG